AUGAAUUCCAAUAUGAUGGCCGCUCCGAUGCUAUUUAAGAAGGUUCCUAAAGGUCUGGUUGAUCAGUGUUUGCGACUUUAUCACGAUAAUUUAUACGCGAUCUGGCCUAUGCUCGGCUAUGAUGAUCUCCACAAGCUCUUAGAGGAAAAAUAUGACGACUGCUACACUUACUGGUUUCUAGUAUCCCUGUCGGCAGCAACUCUCAGCGAUUUGCAAACUACAAUAAAAUAUGAAGAUGGCGUUUUUUUUACUGGUGAACAAUUAUGCACUCUCUGUAUGUUGUCGCGACAGUUUUUCGACGAUCUCAGCAAUAGUGAUAUAUUCCGGAUUAUGAUAUACUACUGUCUGCAUCGUUGCUACGCACAGUUUGCUGAUACAAGAACUUCAUACAGACUUUCUUGUGAAGCUGUAGGCCUCAUCAAGAUAGCCGGGUUCCAUCGUGAAGAAACAUACACAUAUAUUCCAUAUAAAGAACAGCAGCUUAGAAGGAAGGUUUAUUAUUUGCUUCUCAUGACCGAGAGAUACUAUGCCGUAUACAUUAAAUGUGUCACAAGUUUGGAUACCACAAUUUCUCCACCACAACCGGAGAUUGUAACUGACCCUCGGCUUUCUUUGGAUAGUUUUCUUGAGGUGAUCAGGGUAUUUACCGUGCCAGGAAAAUGCUUUUAUGAUGCGUUAGCUAGUAAUAGUGCUAAUGAUUCUUGGACAGAAGACUCUUUGAAAAGAAUAUGGAAAGAACUACAUACGACAUCGCUCGAGAUAGAGCCAUGGUCUUACGGAUACAUAGACUUUUUAUUUUCCCGGCAUUGGGUCAGAACACUGGCAUGGAAGCUAGUACUCCAUGUGAAAGGAAUGCGAAUGAAUUUCCUUUCGAAUAAUAACAAUACGCACAUACCAGUCGAAAUUGCCAGGGAAAUGUUAGGGGACACAUUCUUAACUCCCAAAAACCUCUAUGAUGUUCACGGUCCUGGUAUACCAAUGAAAGCAUUAGAAGUGGCCGAUGCAUUGGUUGAAGUUGUAAAUAAGUAUGAUCAUAAUGAGAAGUUGGAGGCCUGGAAUGUGUUGUACGAUGUAUCCAAGUUUAUCUUUUCUAUGAAGCACUGUAACAAUAAGAUGAUUCGGAGGUUUUCAAGUAAAUGUCAAUGCGCCCUUAUUACUUUACCAAUCUCUAAACCUUUGCAGUUAAACAAUAAUUCUAAGGAUGAUGACGAUAUAAUUCCUUGA